AUGAGCACGCGAAAUAAAUUCAAUUUUGGCGUACCUGCUGACGAAUCAGCCUUAGCAGAUGCCUUACAUGAAAUCAUCAACGGCGAUGACUCUGAUUUGGAAAUAGACAUUGGAGAUGAAGAUGUUGCAGAAGAUCCACCGUACGUUCCUACAGGUGAUGGCGACGAGGAUGAGAGUUCAGAAAAUGGUUCAGAAGAGGAAGACGUGCAAGGAAAUGAUGUGGUUCUAGGAUCAAACAGCUGCCAGUCUUCGCAGGUUCAGCCUCCAUUGGUUGGUAACAUUUCCCAACGACGUGUAUAUUGGAAAAGUACAAAUGUCUUUGAACCAUUGCCACCAGCCCCAAACUUCAAAGAGCCAGAGAGAGUGGUAAUAAAUUUGCCACCGCAUGAUUAUUUUACAAAGUACAUACCUAGCGAUAUUUACGAGCGAAUUGCAUUCCAUAGUAACCAGACUUAUCUUGCUAAAACAGGAACCAGUUUGAAUACUUCUGAAAAGGAAAUCAGAACUUUUUUUGGAAUAACUCUCAUGAUGUCUUAUCUUCGAUUCCCCAGGAUCAGAAUGUAUUGGGAGAAGAAAAGUAGAAUAUUUGCUAUUGCAGAUAGGAUGGCUAGAGACAGAUAUUUCAAGCUAAGGGCAUCUUUGAAGGUGUUAACUGAUGCUGAUGUUCCAGAUUCAGAAAAACAAAAGACCAAGUUCUGGAAGGUCCUACCUCUAAUAUCUUGUAUCCGAAACGGCUGUUUGAUGAAUGUUCCAACAUCAAAUGUCUGUGUCGAUGAACAGAUGAUUCCUUUUUGGGGGAAACAUGCAGCGAGACAAAUGAUAAGAAGCAAACCCAAUCCAGUUGGGCUGAAAAACUUUGUUUUGGCAUGUCCCAAUGGCUUGCCCCUGGAUUUUUUUAUUUAUGAAGGCAAAGGAGAUACAAUCUUAGAUGACGAUAGAGUUCAGGCACUGGACAUUGGUGGCAAAGUGGUUUUCCGUCUUUGUAAUCGACUGCCUCCAGGUUGCUGCAUAUUCAUGGACAGGUAUUUUACCUCAAUCAAUUUGUUGGAGAUGUUACAUUUCGUAUCCGAGUCCACAGGUACUGGAACCCUACAAAAGAACAGGAUACCAUCGAACUGUAAUUUCAAAACUGAUGCCCAGCUUCGUCGCCAAGGCCGAGGAAGCUACUGUCAGCAAGUUCUAUCGACAGGACAAGUAGCAGCGGUCAAGUGGUUUGACAACAAGCCAGUACAUCUAGCUUCAUCGGUUCAUGGCGCUGAGCCAACAGAUGAAUGUCGCCGAUGGGAUAAGAAUCAUAAAAGGUACAUCAAUGUCCCACGUCCAGCUGUUGUAAAAGAAUACAACGAGAAUAUGGGAGGCGUAGACUACUUAGAUCAUUGUUUGGGUUUCCGUGAGCAAAUAGCUGAGUAUUUACUCGAAAAUGACGCCGAAAAUGAAGAAGAUCCACCUCUUAAUGACGCCACUACCAUUGCAAGACAAAGCAAGCGAGCUAGGACAGAGCAUCCCACUGAUUUUGUCAGGACUAAAGGGGUAGAUCACCUGCCUCUUGUUCUUGGUUCCCAAAACCGAUGCAGAUUACCAGGAUGCAAGUCCACUAAGGCCAGGCAUCAAUGCCCCACUUGCAAAGUGAUACUAUGCUUGAUGGCUGGAAGAAACUGUUACAAAGACUAUCACGAAAAAUAG